GCUUAAAGGUGACACUUGUCUAGCUGCAUUUGGAUAUUAUUUUAAUAAUAAACUGCUGAUUAACACACUCAAGCUGCGGUUGUUGUGAAUGAACAGUUGCCAGUCGAAGAGGAUUAAAGGAGAAUGGACAUUACAUUAUUUUAACAAGGGAAAAGAAUCUCCCUCUGAGGUUUGUUUUUCCAGGGUGAACAGAUCUGCAGCCAUGACGGCCUCGACCCCCCUUCAGUCCCUCUCUGUGCCGCCUCACACCGCAUCACAGAUCUCCACGGACAGCGAAGAGUCCAGUGACGAUGAUCUAAGUGCAUCUGAAUCCAACCCUGAUUGCCUGCUCAACAUGAAUAACAGCAAUAACAAUGAAAAGGAGAAAAAGAAAAAGAGAAAGGAGAAAAAAGAGAAGAAAGAGAAGAAAGAGAAGAAAGCAAGGAAGGAGAUGGAGAAGAAGGAAAAGGAAGACAAGGAGGCCAAGGAAAAAGAGGAGAAGGAAAAGGAAAAGGAGAAAGAAAAGGAAAAUAACAAAGACGAGCCCAAAGAAUUAUUUGUCAUUAAUCCUGCUGGGAAUUUGUAUUACAACUGGUUGUUCAUCAUCGCCCUACCAGUCAUGUACAACUGGACAAUGAUCAUAGCCAGGGCUUGCUUCGAGGAGCUGCAGCACAACUACAUUGUUUACUGGGUCAUUCUCGACUACACCUCAGACAUAAUCUACCUGGCUGAUAUGUUUUUCAGGACCAGAACAGGUUACCUUGAGCAAGGCCUGAUGGUGAAAGAUAAGAAACUGCUACGAGAUCGCUACAUCGGAAGCUUCCAGUUUCGUCUUGAUUUCAUCUCGAUGCUUCCCACCGACUUCCUCUAUUUCAUCCUCGGCCUCGACUAUCCGGAGAUCCGCAUCAACAAGCUGUUGAGGAUCGGCCGCAUGAUGGAGUUCUUCACGAGGACCGAAACCAAAACUAACUACCCCAACAUCUUCCGCAUCGGAAACUUGAUCAUGUACAUCCUCAUUAUCAUCCACUGGAACGCUUGCUUCUACUUCUCUUUCUCCAAAUACAUCGGUUUUGGCGCUGACGCCUGGGUGUACCCGGCUCUGGAUGAUCCUGACGAGCCUGCGUUUGGGGAGUUUGGCAGGAAGUAUUCUUUCAGCCUCUACUGGUCCACGCUGACACUAACUACCAUCGGGGAAACACCGCCGCCAGCCCUGGACUCAGAAUUUAUCUUCCACGUAAUUGACUUUUUAGUGGGCGUCUUGAUCUUUGCCACCAUUGUGGGAAACAUCGCCACCAUGAUCUCCAAUAUGAACGCUGCUCAAGCUCAGUUUCAGUCCCAAAUUGACAACAUCAAGCAGUACAUGCGGGUCCGAAAGGUUGACACGGAACUUGAGUUGCGGGUCAUCAAGUGGUUCGACUACCUGUGGAAUAACGGCAAAGCACAGAAUGAAAGAGAGGUCCUGCGGUACCUUCCGGACAAGCUAAAGGCUGAGAUCGCCAUCCAAGUCCACAUGGACACGCUGAGAAAAGUUCGUAUCUUUGCAGACUGCGAGGCAGGCCUGCUGAUCGAGCUGGUGCUCAAGCUGCAGCCGCAGGUGUUCAGUCCCGGAGACUACAUCUGCAAAAAGGGCGACAUCGGCCGCGAGAUGUACAUCAUCAAAGAUGGACAACUUGCAGUCGUUGCCGACGACGGCGUCACGCAGUUUGUUGUGUUGGGGAGCGGCAGCUAUUUCGGUGAGAUCAGCAUUCUUAACAUUAAAGGCAGCAAAGCAGGCAACCGGCGAACCGCAAACAUUCGGAGCAUCGGAUACUCCGACCUCUUCUGCCUGUCCAAGGAUGACCUGAUGGAAUCACUGCAAGAGUAUCCGGACGCCAAAGGCAUGCUAGAGGACAAAGGGCGGGAGAUCCUGAUGAGAGACAAUCUGAUAGAUCUGGACCCGGCCAACAUCAUGCCCGAGGCUAAGGAGCUGGAGGAGAACGUCAACAAACUGUACAACACGAUGGACCAGAUGCAUUUCAAGCUGAAGAAAAUGCUGGGAAAUUACAAGAUCACUGAAAAGGCUCUGAGACGGCGCAUUGCAGAUCUGGAGCAUCUGACGGGAGAGGAGGUGGAAGAGGAGGAGGAGGAGGAUGAAGGUGAGAUGAAGAAGGACAAGAAAGAGGUGGAAGGGGAGAAAAAGGAAGAAGAGGAAACAGGUGCGGGUAUAAAGGAUGACAAAGAAGAAGAGGAAGAGGAAAAAAAGGAAGAGGAAAAAGAUGAUGAGGCAAAAGACGAAGAAGUAAAGGGUGAAGAGGAAAAAGAUGAUGAGGCAAAAGAUGAAGAAGUAAAGGGACAAGAGGAAAAAGAUGAGGGGAAAAAAUAAAUCCAUUAAUAAUUCUCACAGAAAUCUCUGGACUGAUGGAGAAAUACUGUAAACGAAAAAACUACACCAGAGAAACUACAGUGCAGACUGGCUGAAAAACCCACUG